GUACCAUUUAGACUUCACUACCCCUAUACUAUGAUAUUGCUACAUCAGUUAAUCUAUCACGAGCUAAACAAUGUGUUCGUUUCAUGAUGUCCUCUGCCUAGGCUCGAGUAGUAGUGCUUCUGUGAAGUGUAUCUCUUUCUAGGCUCUAGUAGCUUCUAAAGAUUACCAAAAAUUCCUUAAUACUUGAUUAGCUUCAAAUUCUAUUAAGAGGGCAAAAAGUGGUCAGGAGAUAAGAACUAAUUGGACCAAGAGAUUUUCAUUUUACCCUUAGAUAACAACAUUGCUCAAUGUAACUCAUUGUUCAUGCACCUUAUAACAGGAGCAAGUAUUUGUCUAUUACUAGUAAUUACAAGGAGUACUUGAACAAUUUUUUUUGUUUUCCAGUUGCAUCAUGAUCAAGCUACCAAAUUCUCCUUGGUUUAUCUACUAUUCUCAUGCCGUGCAUUUUGCUUUUGCCAGGAUCUUCCUCGAACAACUCUUUAUUUUCUGCUGCUUAUCGCGGAUAACUGUCUCUGAGCCACAAGUCCUAUAUUGCUUCUGCCUAUUUAGCUCUCGCUUGGAAUGCUAUACCCUGUCUGAGACAUUACUUAUAAGAUGAAUUGGAUACGAGAUUGCCUAUCCAGCAACUCUUCUGUAGAUCAAAAGACCAGAACCCUGAGGGACAAAAUCAGCACUCUAGUAGCUAGAGAGUCUGAUGUCCGCACAGAGGUUGAGCAUGCAGAGAUUCAGCUUGGAUACAAGCGAAGAAACGAGGUUGACAACUGGUUGAAAAAUGUCCAAGUUAAAAAAGACGAGGUUCAAAGCAUACUAAAGGAUGGCCAAGAUCAAGGAUCUUCUUCCAACUCCAACCUCACUGAUCGCUUAGACAGAUUGAUUGCAGAAGUUGAUGAACUUAUGCAACAAGGUGAUAAGUUCCGAGAUCGGCUUGUAUUGUCUGAUCAAGAGAGCACAAGAUUGCCAUUGUGGCUGGGGAAAAAACCAGCAGGAACAAAUUUUCAACAGAAUUAUGAAAGAAUUCUAGAGUGGUUACAACACCAGGAAAACCACAUCAUCGGCGUGUAUGGAAUGGGAGGUGUUGGCAAAACUACACUCUUGAUGAAGAUACAUGAUGAAGUGCUGAAGAAUUCGAACCUUUAUGGGCGUGUUUACUGGGUAACUGUCUCACAAAAUUGGAGUGUGCACAAAUUGCAAGGAGACAUUGCCAAAGUACUUGGCUUGGGGAGUCUUGAGGAAGAUGAUAAAAGGAAGAGAGCGGCUAUAUUACACAAUAAAUUAGUUGCUAAUGGCCCGACUGUACUCAUCUUAGAUGACAUGUGGAAACAAUUUUCAGAAAAUGAUGUUGGAAUCUCCCGUGAAGGAAGUAGUUGCAAGACAAUUCUAAGUACUCGCUCGCUAGAAGUGUGUCGGAGAAUGGGAUGCAAAGACUUCGUCAUCAAGGCUAAAAUUCUCCAAAAAUUUGAGGCUUGGUACUUGUUCGUUGAGAACCUUGGGCACUAUAACACACUCACAGUGGAAGCAAAAGAAAUAGCUAGAGAUAUUGCAAAGGAGUGUGGCGGUUUACCACUUGCAAUUACUACAAUGGCUUGCACUAUGAGUGAAAUAGUUGAUAUUCAUGAGUGGAAAAAUGCUUUGAAAGACUGAAAGAUGU